AUGUAGUGGAAAAAGAAUACAUCAAAACAGAUCAAGAAAACAAGACACAUCUCUGAUAUACUAUCCAGCAGAAACACUCAGUUUGCUGUUCGGAGCACAUUUCCUGAGAGUUCCAGUGUUCUCUGAGAAACGAUGGCGUUGUGGACUCUCUAUCUGUCUCUUGGUCUUCUGGUCGCUUUGAAUGCUUCAGUGGAAACACGUCCUGUUGGAGGUAAACCUUGUAGCGUCUGUAAGGCAGGAUGGACUGCCUAUGGAUGCAGAUGCUUCAAGUUUUUCAGUGCGCCAAAAUACUCGUGGGAUGGAGCCGAGUUUGGGUGUUUGAACCAUAAUGGGAACCUUGCUUCUGUACAAAGCCAUGAUGAGUACAUCUUUAUACAGAAGCUGAUUAGACAAACAACUCAUGCAUCAACACCUGCCUGGAUCGGAGGCCAUAAGGGUUAUUAUCGUUGGUUCUGGAGUGAUGGAUCCAAAAUGAACUAUCAAAUAUGGUCGCCUGGAAAACCCAGUUCCACUAAAGAUGAGCGCUGCAUUGAGAUGAACUCUGUCAAUGGCAACUGGAAUGAUGAAGACUGUAAAGUAGCUAAAGCCUAUGUGUGUGCGUACUGAAACAGCAUGUGAAGAAUCAAUGUAGAAGAAACAAGCUACUUUGAUUCAUUUACUUUCCAUUAGAAAUAUUUAAUGGAGGCUAAUAAAUGUGUUAAAAAGGUUAA